AUGGAAGCAGAGAAACCUAGCCUUACUAUGCACCAAACACAUUCGGUGUCCAAGGCACUGAAGAGGCUUGUUUGGUGUCCUCGAAAACGACUCCACUCCAUGCCGGGAGGAGUGCACAUGCCCAGUGGGUUCAGUGGCCAAAUUUCCAAGUCCGUGCGGCGCCUGUACAGCAAACGCCAUAUGUUGCAGUUGUACAUAUGCCGUUGCCCUGCACACCUGACUGGCUAUUUCAAAGCCUUAAGCUACGUCAUGCCGCAUCUUCCUGUUGAGAUCCUCGACCAGAUCAUACGGGACCUACCCUUUCGCUACGGUCAGAAGCUGGCCCCAUUAGCUACCAUCAACCGACAUUGGCAGAGCGCCGUCGAAGCCAUUCUUUGGCGGCAUAUUCAAGUCACAACAGCAGAUAUCGACUUAUUUAGUCUCUUCUAUCAGACGCGUACGCGUAGGCAAGCGGUAAAGCAUAUUGUAUUCAAUGCGCAAUACUUCGAGCAACUAGCAGAGCAAGAGAGUACGAGCGGCGAUGACGAUGUUGCGGACUAUGGAAAGCCUGAUUAUGAUGAAAACACCGGUGGUGAUACGAUACAAAAAGAGGAUGAGCUUGUCAACACGGAGCCUAGGUGCGACAGAAACAAAGGGAGCUAUCAAAGCGCACGGCACUUGCUGUCUGCCGUCCAGGCUGAGCAUUUCCGCUUCUUCCACGACACUAGUAACCUUUGGGUCACACUUGCCCGUGCGGAGGUGAAAUCUAUCCGAAUUAUUGUCGACGGCUAUUCAUUGUACGAGCAUUUAGGCCUGAAGUUUCGAGAUCACGAUGGUUUUCAAACGUCUCUGUGCGCAAAAGACUGGUUAGAGCAAUGCCCAACACUCCCAGUGCUGCUGUCAGUGGAGGCGUUCACUAUGAAGCAGAAAUUCAAUACUGAUGUGGAUCUAUAGACAGCUAUAG